CCAGAUUUCAUCGCAUUCAUAGUCGUGUCGGCGGUGUCGCUCAGAAUCACACACACACACACACACGCACAAGUCACGCACUAGCAGCUGCAUUGGAUGCCCAAAUAUCUCGCUGGACGCACCCAAAUCCGAUUCGACUCGCUGCUGUCGUGUCCAGCCCCCGCAUGACAUGACCCCGAUCACCUCAUCUAUCCCAUGCAUCAAUCAUCUCAUCAACCAUCCGUACCUACCGUACACGCGCGCCCUACUAUCCUAUCCGCCAUCCAUCCAUUCAGCCCCACAGUUGCUGCUAAGGCAGGUGCAGCCUGACGUGGUACAUCUUGCCCCAGUUCUUGCCCGUCACCAGCACCUCCCCUCGCCGCUCGUCCACCGUGGCGAUGCCAUUGAAGCUGCCGUCUGUCCGCCGCCGGUGAGGCGCCAAAGGAAGACAGGAAAAGUCCCAGAACGACAACACUCGGCCGGUCGAUGGAUCGAUCUGUAAGAUCCACUUGGUGUACCACACGUUUGCCAGCAGAGACCCGCGGAACCACUCAAGCUCAUUGAUCAUCCUGCAGACAGACAGCGAAAAGGAAGGGCAUCAGGCCGCUUGGUCGUCUGUCCCUUCGGCCGUUAAGUCAUUCCUGAGCCAAAUGAACCGUGUGCUCACGUGAUGGGUUUGCUGUCUUUGUCUCGGACAUUGAUGGACUUGACGACGCGAGCGGGCCGGCCUUGGUCGUUUCCAUGGACGAGAGAGGAGUCCCAGAAGUCGAGCUGGCUGGAGCCGUCAGACACAAUCAGGUGACGACUGUCGGUCGUGAUGCCCCAACCUACACACACUCAUGGAUAGAGAAACAGACGGCUGGCAGGCAGGCAGGCAGGCACAUCGAUGCACCUCCCCCUUCCCCUCCCCGCCAAUGUUGCUCACCCUCGCCUGUGGUCGUUUCGAAGGAGAUCUUGUGGAGAGGCCUCAGCUCUUUGUCCCAGACGAUCGCCUGCUGCUCCUUCCACGUCAGCUGCACCAACCUAUCUCCCACAGCACAAAUGCCCUCGCCGAAGUAACGCGGUGGCAAACGCCGCUCCAUCACUUCUGGGCCCAAUAACGAUUCUGAAGGCCGGUCGUCGUCGAUAACGGCGACGGACCUCCUGCCGCUUUCGGAGCUCGAGAGGGGUAUAGGGGCGGUGUGGUGGUUUUGGUCACCAGCCAGAGAGACCGAUGGCCGGAGAGCCGACAGGAUGUUCAUCCAGCUGGUGGGCCGCAUCUCUGAUGGUGAGGGGAGAGGCCCGGCUGGCGCAUCUUUGGUGAGCCUCCGGGCAGUGAUACGGCUCCUUCCCCACAUACCUACGCACACACCGAGGCACAGACAAGACGACUGAAUGAGUGAAUGAAGGCCCCCCACCCCACCCGUUGUUGUGUGUGGACCGGACCUGUGCUCUCGUAGAGCUUCCCGUCGAGCGUACACAGCCCCUGGGUGAAGUCCCUGGGGUUGUGCUCACACACGCCCAACACCUCAAAGCCACACGGCUCCGGCAGGUGCACCUCAUCCACGUCACCGUCCACCGUCUCCAUACUCCUCACUCGAGGCCUCUCUUGGGUGGCGGCCUUCGCAGACAUCACAGAAAGGAGCGGCAACGCAGCAAGGGGCACAAAGUGGCGCCGCGGGACGGUGCGGCGCGGUCCGCCUUGGGUGCGGGGAAGGGAGAACAGGCGCUUGGGGUAGUGAGAGGCGCAUCGGUCGGUGGAGAGGCGGAUGAAGGAGAGGGCAACUGACGGCACUCUGAAUGCAUGCAGCAAAGCUGGUAGAGCCAGCAUGUGGGCGACAAACAUCAAGCUGACAGACGGAUGCACGUGC